AAAGAGUAAUAGAGAGGAGAAGAAGAUGGAGAGAAAGAGUGAUACAAUCGUCCUCUAUCCAUCUCCAGGGAUGGGCCACCUUAUAUCGAUGGUCGAGCUUGGAAAGCGGAUACUCUCCAUUACCUCUGCCUUUUCCACCAUCUCCAUCCUCAUCCCGGAAGCCCCUAUCAACACCGGUUCCACUGCUCCUUACAUCCGUCGCGUCUCAUCUUCCCAUCCAUCUAUCACCUUCCACCAUCUCCCUUCCCCCAUCUCUCUCUCCUCCUCCUCCUCUCCUUCUGCCCACCCAGAAACCUUCGUGUUCCGAUGCCUCCAACUCAACAACCCCAACGUCCUUCAAACCCUCCAAUCCAUCUCCCUCUCUUUUUCUAUCCGCGCCCUUAUCUUCGACUUAUUUUGUGCUCCUGUUCUCGACGUCACUGCCAAACUCAACAUCCCUGCCUACUGCUUCUUCACUUCAGGAGCUGCUGUCCUUGCUGUCUUCCUUCACUUCCCCAUCCUCCAUCGCCUCCACUCCACAAACUACAAAGACAUGCACAUCCCUCUCCAUGUGCCGGGCGUGCCACCCUUCCCUGCUUCCUCCAUGCCUCUCCCCAUGCUCGAUCGUGAUGACGAAGCCUACCAUUUCUUACUCUACUUCACUUCCCAGCUAACCAAAUGCAGCCGUGUCAUCGUCAACUCCUUCGACGCGCUCGAGCCCCGAGCCAUGAAGGCCAUCUUGGAUGGAGCCUGCGUUCCGGAUGGUCCCACGCCGCCCGUCUCUUGUAUCGGGCCGUUGAUCGCACCCGGCGACAGUCCUGAUAAGUCUGACUGCUUGGCGUGGCUCGACUCGCAGCCACGGCGGAGCGUGGUGUUCUUGUGCUUUGGUAGCUUGGGGCUUUUCUCAGCUGCGCAGCUGAAGGAGAUAGCGGUGGGGCUAGAGAAGAGCGGGCAGAGGUUCUUGUGGGUGGUGCGCAGUCCGCCCACAGAAGACAAGACCCAGCGCUUUUUAGCACCGCCAGAGCCUGAUUUAGACGCUCUACUGCCGGAUGGCUUCGUGGAGCGGAGCAAAGACAGGGGAAUGGUGGUAAAGUCGUGGGCCCCACAGGUGGCAGUGUUGAAACGGGAAUCGGUAGGUGGGUUCGUGACUCACUGCGGUUGGAACUCAGCUUUGGAAGCAGUGUGCGAGGGGGUGCCGAUGUUGGCCUGGCCCCUCUACGCAGAGCAGCAUAUGAAUAGGGUUUUUAUGGUGGAGGAGAUGAAGAUUGCUCUCCCAUUAGAAAUGGACGACAAGGGGUUCGUGAACGCGUCUCAGUUAGAGAGAGGGGUUUUAGAGCUUAUGGAUUCUGAACAAGGAAAGGCCCUCUCUCAACGGCUCUUGGAUAUGAAAGUGAGUUCGAUGGCAGCUAUGAGUGAGGGCGGCUCUUCUUACACCGCCUUAACUGAGUUAGCCCAGUUAUGGAUUGGUGGUUGAGAAGAAUCAUCUGCUCUUAUAUUUCUUUCUUUUCAUUUUCAUGUAACUCAUAUGUUGAGAAAUCAUUGUAUGAUUGUAAUUUUAAUAUUGUGCUAAUGCACCAUCGCUACACUAUUGACUGUA